CGGGUUUCAGCAGUCUGGUCCAGACCCUCCGCGCUCCUCCUCAGCUCGAGACGCACACAACAUCCCCAUUGUGCGCAGACGGCCGAGGCUGCAUACGCAUGCACACGCACCCUGCAUACACUCCCCACUGGACGCGUUCGCGCACUCGCGCGCUGCAUCGAUCGUGGCUCCUUUAAGAGAGCCCAAGCCAGAAUUAUCACCCCACCUCCUCUUGAUCUUCCUCUAGACGCUUUUGCAUAAGAAAAUCAAGCUGGGAGCCGAGAGUGAUCAAAGAAAACGAGAGGAGAGCUGCUUCGUUUUUUAACGCUGAUUGUGACCAUUAAGCGUUGAGGUGGUGCUGAUCCCGUGGAGACGCGCGUCGGAUCCAUCAUUCAUCCGCUACUUUUGACAAGCCCUCUCGCGUUGUGACUGACAGUCGGAGUGGCAGAAAAGCGAUGAGAGUGGCCAAUUUUGUUUAAAGGGGGUUGUUUUAUUUUUACCCUGCUUUGGGAAAAGGACCCCGGCGCCGCUGCCGAGAGGACAGCCGAGGACGUGUAUUCGUCGUGCCCGGGCUGAACUUGCAGUGAGAGCGAGCGGGAGCUCCUUGGAAGAGACAAGAAGAGAAGAAGGAGCUCGGGAUUUUGGCUAAAAGCUCUUCUCUUUUGUUUUGGAUUUUCCUUCUUUUGUCCCGCGUCCAUCCUGGCCCAAGAGGGGAUUUACCUAAACUGAAAGGGCAACCAGGGAGUGAGGAGGGUUAUGGCGCAACGGUACGAAGACUUGCCCCACUACGGGAUGGACGGGGUAGGCAUCCCAACCACCAUGUACGGAGACCCGCACGGUGCCCGCUCCAUGCAGGCGGUGCACCUCAACCACGGCCCCCAGCUCCACUCCCACCAGUACCCGCACACCGCGCACACCAACUCCAUGCCUCCGAGCAUGGGCUCCUCCGUCAACGACGCUCUCAAGAGAGAUAAAGACGCAAUUUACGGGCACCCCCUGUUCCCCUUGCUUGCACUGAUUUUUGAGAAAUGUGAAUUAGCGACUUGCACCCCCAGAGAGCCCGGGGUGGCGGGAGGAGACGUCUGUUCGUCGGAAUCUUUCAAUGAAGACAUAGCGGUGUUUGCAAAGCAGAUUCGGGCAGAAAAGCCUCUAUUUUCAUCAAAUCCAGAGUUGGAUAAUCUGAUGAUUCAAGCCAUUCAAGUUUUACGAUUUCAUCUUCUGGAGCUGGAGAAGGUACACGAGUUGUGUGAUAAUUUCUGUCACCGGUACAUCAGCUGCUUGAAAGGCAAGAUGCCCAUCGACUUGGUCAUAGACGACAGAGAGGGCGGGUCUAAAUCAGACAGCGAGGAAAUCACGAGAUCGGUGGCGUUGGAUCAGACAUCCUGGAACAGAGACCACGACGACACAGCGUCCACACGCUCUGGAGGUACGCCGGGACCGUCUAGCGGUGGACACACGUCACACAGCGGGGACAACAGCAGCGAACAGGGUGAUGGCCUGGACAACAGCGUUGCUUCGCCGAGCACAGGGGAUGAUGAUGACCCGGAUAAAGAGAAGAAACACAACAAGAAAAGGGGGAUUUUUCCUAAGGUGGCCACCAACAUCAUGAGAGCGUGGCUCUUCCAACACCUAACACAUCCCUACCCCUCAGAAGAACAGAAGAAACAGCUGGCGCAGGACACAGGCCUUACUAUCCUACAAGUGAACAACUGGUUCAUUAAUGCGCGGAGGAGAAUAGUGCAGCCCAUGAUCGACCAGUCAAACCGUGCAGUAAGUCAAGGAGCUCCCUACAAUCCAGAUGGCCAGCCAAUGGGUGGCUUCGUCAUGGACGGCCAGCAGCACAUGGGAAUCAGACCACCUGGGCCAAUGGGUGGAAUGGGCAUGAACAUGGGCAUGGAAGGUCAGUGGCACUACAUGUAGCCCUUCCCGAGUCUGACCAAUCACAACACAAUGGGGGAUAGCUGGAGGGGAAUCAUGUGUCUCCUGGAGGCCUGUGGAGCUUAGGACAUCUCGACCUCCUGAUGCCUAUAACCAACAAAACCAAGAUUCCAGAAUCAGCAACCGUUUUAUCUGGUUGAUGCCUGCCAUGCGGACAUUUUCCCUGGCUGCCUCUAAUCUUUUCACCAGAAUCGAACUGAGCUGAGCUGAUCAAAAUUCACCUAAGUAGGGUGAACACGGAACACUGCUUCUUCUUCUCUGGUGGCCACAAACUUCUGCCUCUUUGCUGAGGCCCGAUCGCCCCAUGCUGACUCCUCCAACAAAGUGAUUGUGAUUGACUCUUUGGGCGAUUUGCCUGUACCUCUGGUGAAUGUGGCACCUGGUUGAUCUAUUCUCAGCUCUUGACAGCAAACG